UUUAAUUUUAUUUUUAUUUUUGAAUGAUCAGAUUUUUAGUGGAUGAAACACCAAUAAGAGUACACACAAACAUGGAACACAAAGGAAUUCCUUUUCCAAAGGACCAACCAAUGGGUGUAUACAGCUCAAUAUGGAAUGCAGAUGAUUGGGCCACACAAGGAGGAAGAGUGAAAACAGAUUGGAGUCAUGCACCUUUUAUUGCAACAUAUAAAGCCUUUGAAAUCAAUGCUUGUGAGUGUCCAAUGUCAGUGGCUGCAAUGGAUAAUACAAAGAGGUGUAGUAGUAGUAGUGAUGAUAAGAAGUUUUGGUGGGAUGAGCCUAAUUUGUCUGUACUUAAUUUGCAUCAAUCUCAUCAGCUUAUGUGGGUCAGGGCUAAACAUAUGGUUUAUGAUUAUUGUAAUGAUGUUAGUAGGUUUCCAAUUACUCCUCUUGAGUGUGUCCAUCAUCGUCAUAACUAGUAGUGAAUUAAUGUUUUUAAUUAAGGGAGUAAAUGUUGUUAAUUAGUUAAGGUAAAAUUAAAGUUAUGGAACAUGUCCCUUGUGUUUCAUAUUAUUGUACUAAUGUAUAUUGGCAAACUAUAAUGUGAAUUACUUGGUGUUUUUCUACUUGUACAA